AUGUAUGCGAUGUGGAGACUGCAAGUCGCCUUAUGUACUCUGUCGGUGCUGCUGUCCCUGUCAUCCGGUGGUGAAAGCAAGGCGCGGAGCUGUAGCGAGGUUAGGCAAGCUUAUAACGUUAAAGGAUUCAGCCUCGUCAAUGUACCUCAUCAGGAAAUAUCAGGUGAGCACCUGCGUGUCUGUCCUCAGGGAUACACCUGCUGCACAUCUGAGAUGGAGGACAAACUCAACCUGCAGAGCAAACUGGAGUUCGAGAACUUGGUCGAGAAGAGCAGCCACAAUAUAAGGACCACAUUUGUCUCCAGGCAUAAAAAGUUUGAUGAGUUUUUCUUGGAGCUGCUGGACAAUUCUGAGAAGUCUCUCAACAGCAUGUUCACACGGACGUACGGGAAACUGUAUAUGCAGAACUCAGAGGUGUUCCAGGACCUGUUCACUGAGCUGAAGCGCUACUACACGGGGGGCAACGUCAACCUGGAGGAGAUGCUGAAUGACUUCUGGUCCAGGCUGCUGGAGCGCAUGUUCCAGUUGCUCAACUCCCAGUACCACUUCACAGACGACUACCUGGAGUGCGUCAGUAAAUACACAGAUCAGCUAAAGCCCUUUGGAGAUGUGCCCAGGAAGCUGAAGGCCCAGGUCACCAGGGCCUUCAUCGCCGCACGGACGUUUGUCCAGGGGCUAAUGGUUGGACGGGAGGUCGCCAACAGGGUCGCCAAGGUGAAUGUAGUUCCAGCAUGUGUCAGAGCCUUGACCAAGAUGCUGUACUGUUCCUACUGCCGUGGCAUGCCUGGGCUGAAAGCCUGUCACAACUACUGUCACAACGUUAUGAGGGGCUGUCUAGCGAACCAGGCAGACCUAGACGCUGAGUGGAACCUCUUCAUCGAUGCUAUGUUACUGGUGGCAGACAGACUGGAGGGACCCUUCAACAUCGAAGCCGUCAUAGAGCCAGUCGACAUCAAGAUCUCUGAGGCCAUCAUGACUAUGCAGGACAACAGCAUGCAAGUGUCAGCCAAGGUUUUUCAAGGGUGUGGCCAACCAAAGCCAUCAGGAAUAGGCAGGUCUGUACGCGGCAUUUCAGACGUGUUCAGUGCUCGUUUCAGACCCUACACCCCUGAAGAGAGGCCAACCACAGCAGCCGGAACGAGCCUGGAUAGACUGGUGAUUGACAUCAAAGAGAAGUUGAAGGAGUCCAAGAGGUUUUGGUCCAACCUGCCAGAUGACAUCUGCGCCAAGGGCAAUCUCACAGAGUCUGAUGAGGAGCAGUGCUGGAACAGCCACACUAAGGGCAGAUAUUUCCCUGAAGUGGUGAAGGAGGGUCUAACCAACCAGGUGAACAACCCAGAGGUGGAUGUGGAUAUCACCAGGCCCGACACGCUGAUACGACAGCAGAUCAUGGCUCUACGUGUGAUGACCAACAAGCUAAAGAACGCCUACAAUGGGAAUGACAUCUACUUCCAGGACUCUAGUGACGAGGGCAGCAGUUCUGGCAGUGGCAGCGGCUGCUCUGACGGCUGCACAACAGAGUUUGUUUUCGUGGGAACAGAGGCUCCUGUGAUCGGAGCCGACAGAAGCGACGAGCGCGCCGCAGCAGCAGCCGCAGGCAAGUCACUUUCCCGUGAACCCUCCCUGCUGGUGGUGAUGUUCGCCCUCACACUCCCACUCUGGGCAAUGCAGACUCAAUGGAGAUAAUACAUGGGUGCGGCCUGAUCACUGACUUUUAUACUGUUACUUACAGUAUGUUUAACAGCAAGUUCUACUGCUGUUCCCUCACUGGACAUGUAGAACCUCCUGGAAACCUGUCAAGAAUGGCUUACUGUGUGGUAAGACUGGAAGCGAGUGCAGUGCUGCAUCCUGCUCGUCCCCCAAAGAAUGCUCGGUGCCAUCACUGAACCAGCUUUCACAUCUCUGAAAAAAAAAGAAGAAAAUGUGGUGUUUGUCUUUAUUCUAAAGUGGGUUUUG